AUGCCGUCGCUUGGUGGCUUCUCAGAUAAUCCUCUUCAGACGCGUGCAGACGUUAUGCAGGCCGUUGUGGCCUUGCUCAAACCCCUCACACAAUACUUCUCCCCAGCCCAUGCCCGCAUCCGCAUUCCUCGCGCGGUCGGCACAAAGUUCGAUGAGACAGCAGCCCAGCUGGAAGGGUUUGCCCGUCCUCUUUGGGCUAUUGGCGCCCUCUUGAUGGGUGGCGAGCCUGCCUGGGACCUCAUCGAUCAGUGGGUUGAGGGGUUCGAGGCUGGCGUCGACCCAGAGCAUCCUGAGUAUUGGGGCGCCAUCAAGGACAUGGAUCAACGCAUGGUUGAGACAGAGAUGAUUUCCUUUGCCCUCCUGGCUACCCCAAAACACCUGCUCUGGGACCGUUUCAGCCCUAAAACGCAAAGUAAUAUGAUCCACUGGCUCCUUGGGCUCCACGGGAAGGCGAUGCCGCCGGCCAACUGGCUGUGGUUCCGCGUCUUUGCAAACCUUGCCCUUCGCCGAGUCUGCGGCGUUGAUACCCCCGAGGUUAGAGAAUCCAUGCGAGUUGAUCUGGAGGUCCUAGACUCCAUGUACAUCUGCGACGGAUGGUCCGGGGAUGGUGUGUGGAGAAGCUCUGAGAUCGACGAGGAAGAAUAUCGCGUCCAUCUCGAAACAGGGCGUGCUAAUACAAUCCAAGCGUCCAGAAGCGUGGAUUACUACUCUGGGAGCUUUGCUAUCCAGUUCAGCCAGCUUUUAUACGUUCGGUUUGCCUAUGAUUUGGAUUUAAAAAGAACGGAAAAAUAUCGUCAGCAAGCUAGGGAUUUCGGACAAGGAUUUUCGAGGUUCUUUGACACGGAUGGAGCUGCCAUCCCAUUUGGACGGUCCCUCACGUAUCGGUUUGCAUGUGGAGGUUUCUUCGCCGCCCUAGCCCUGGCAAAUGUAUGGUGGGCCAGACAUUCGGAAGACAUCUUUGAUCCGGAUGGCACUCUCAACCUGGGCUGGAUUUAUCCAAACAUGUACUUGACUGAGGACUACAACUCUCCUCAGUCUGUAUAUUGGGCUAUGAAAUCACUAAUUGUCGUUGCUCUUGGUGAAAACGACGCCUUUUGGACCGAGCCUGAGCGGCCUGGUUCUAGAGGCGGAGUUGCGAUCAUACAAGCUCCUCGUCAAAUUCUGUGCAAUCAUCCUGACGGCAACCACCACUUCCUCCUCUCUACCUCACAAUUUGUCGCGGUUCCAUUCAAAGGGGUCACCUCAAAAUAUUCCAAAUUUGCCUACUCAUCUUCAUUCGCAUUUUCCGUUCCAACAGGCCAUGUGACGCUCGGACAACUUGCUCCCGAUUCCACAUUGGCACUAAGCAGAGACGGAACCGACACUUGGGCUGUCAAGUAUAGAAGUGGAGAGGCCAAGUUCUCUCAAUCGCUCAUUCGCGGUAGUGUGAGCGAGCAGGUCAUAACUGCGAGCGUUUCGUGGUAUCCGUGGCCAGAUCGCAGCGUCAUUGUCAAUACAACACUUGUUCCACCCACUAACAGAUGGCCAGAUUGGCAUGUCAGAAUCCACCGCCUUCGAGCGUUGAGAAAGAUAGGAAGAGUUUUUACUGCGGAGGGGGGAUUUGCUGUUAAUGGCCGUCGUCGCUCUGAUGCCCUCUCUCUUCCAGUUCUUAGAAUGACAGUUCCGGAAAAGGACGUCGAAGUUGGCUUGACCGAGGGAGUAAUCUUAAAUCCUUCAUCAGUGCUCAUAAUGAGCAGUUCAGGGAUGUCAGGUGUCAGCACAGAGUUGUUGCUUCCAAGCAUAGGCACGACCUCGGUUACCAGUUUCAAACCUGAGCCAAAUACCAACCUAAUGGCCUGCCGCACCCUUAUACCACUCAUCGAGCAAAAUAUACUUGGUUUGGAGGAAGGCGAAGAGGUUAUUCUGGUUACAAAGGUAUUCGCCGUAUCCAAGGAAGCGAACGGUGGUUGGAAAAAAGCAGGUAAAUCUGUUCAAGAGCGAUGGCUGGAUCAGCCACAGCUUUACGGCCUGACAAGUUUAAGCCACGGUGAUUUUAUACAUUUAAUCUUCUAA